AUGAGCUACCACGGCAGCUACUACAGAGGCCCUGGCUAUGGCUAUGGUGGCUUCGGUGGCCUGGGCUAUGGCUGUGGCUACAGAGGCUAUGCGUGCGGCUGCUGGCGUCCGUGCUGCUAUGGAAGGUACUGGUCCUCUGGCUUCUACUGA